AUGAUGAGAAGAGCCUUUCUUCGAAAAUCAAAGAAGAAAAGAAAGAAGAAUUGUAAGCAUCAACAACAACAAAAUCAGUCGAACCACCCGACCGAUCAGUCGAAGAGUCUUCAAAAGAUUGUUCGUCUUUCCACAAGGAUGAACAUGGAAAAAACUUUGAAGAAUUCAGAAAGAUCCGGAACUUGCUCGUCGGAUCAUGAACAACAAGACUUGUUGUUUCAACAUCAACCUCCGAUGAUGAUGAUAGGGUCUUUGGAAACAAGAUCAUCAUUAUCAGCAGAACAACAUGCUGAAAGAAACACUUGUACAGUAAUGUCCACUCGUUAUAAUUCCAAACCAUCCGUGUCGAAUGAAAAAGGAACAAAACAAGUUGACGUCAACUGCCACACACAUUGUUCUCAUGAUGGUGGUCAUGAUGCUACUUGUAGUGUUGAUGAAUUUCCAAUUCAAAGCACCACAAGAUUUUUUAGACCACGAAAAACAUUUGGAAAUUCAUUCAAGCAGUUGAAUCUUCUCAUCAUGAUGAUAAAAAUUCUUCUCAUUAGCAUGAUGAUUCUUUUGGGUAGUGGAAUGAUGGAUAGAUUUUUGGGAACAGUCGAGGCCUCUUCUUAUCGAUUUUUGAGCGAAUUUACAAAAACUGCAAAUACAACGGUUUUAAGUGUAUUUCCAAAUUCGACCAAUGUAGUGACCAAUGUGACAACCACAACUACGAUUGGUUUUGGAUCCUUCACUUAUACCUAUGAAACAGAUUCAUUGAGUUGGCAAAUUUUGAUGGACACAGAAUUACCAUCCUUUUCAAAUACGAGUUCUGUCAUUUCAUUACGAUUUUGGCGUCUGAUUCAUUCCAAUGUAUUAUUCACUCAAUAUGCAAGAACCUUGUUUGUUUCCAAAGAAAAUUUAACGCAAGCACUCGUGGAGAAAAAUUUGUUAAAUUCAACGACUGGUGUGACCAUUGUUCCUGAGAAAAUGUUGUUUCCUCUCAAUGGAACGACGAAAGGAAAACUACUGAACACCACUCUCUAUGUGAGUGUACCUGAAUUGUUUGAAAAUUCAUUCAUGAUACAAUUAUUUGAAUUGGAAUUGAAUGCCACUCUAUUGCAAGAUAAUUCAUCACUGGGUACAAAUCCAACACUUAAAAGUGACAAAAUUCUCGUCAAUUUUUCACUAUUCAAAGGAAAGAAUCCAACUUACACAUACUCAAUUUUAGAAACACUGAAAAGUGCAUUACGAGUCGUUUCUGUUUCGACCAUGACAUUUAAAAACUUGUGCAGUUCUUCCUCACCAGUGGUUGCAUUUGCAUGGAAUUCUUGGAAAUUGUGGUUUGUGUUGUGUGUCAUUCUCGGAAUGCUUGGUGGUUUGGUCAUGUCCUGGUGGAAACCUUAUUUUGUGGUCUUUUUGGCACUUGUUGUGUUGAACGUUUCUGGAGUGAUUAAUGUGACUCAGACCUUGGCAGGUUUCUCUAACGAUGGUAUGCUCACUGUAUUAAUUCUAUUCCCAAUUGUUCAACCCAUUUCUGAGAAUUCACUCGUUCUCAAAGUUUCCAAACUUGUUUUUGGAUCUCCCAAAUAUGGUUUAUGGCUCUGCAUGCUUCGUGUGUGCUUAUUUAUUUCAUUAGUGAGUCCUUUCAUUAACAAUACUCCAAUUGUGGUCACUCUCAUUCCAAUUAUUAAGGACUGGGCGAGAGUGAACAAUAUUGCUCCCUCCAAAUUUUUAAUUCCCAUGUGUUUCAUGACCUCUGCUGCUGGGUUAAUGACAUUGAUUGGUACCUCUACCAACAUUGUCACUAAUGGUCUCUAUGUUGCCUAUGGUUUCACACCCUUUACAUUUUAUGAAUUUUUCUAUAUUGGAAGUAUUUUGUCAGUGGUCACCAUUGUUUAUUUAUGUACUUUUGGCUUGUGGGUGUUGCCCAAUAAGAAGGGUGGUAUGUUUCGACUUGCCAGAGAACGUGGUGAGCAAUUCUUGACCAAGAUUGCUGUGGAUGAUCCAAAUUCACCUCUCAUUGGAAAAAACAAACAUGCCAUUAUUCAACAUCUUGGAUUGGAAAAGUUGGAAGUAGUUGAAAUUAUUCGAAAGAAGCCACGACUCAGUACUUCUGCUGUCAUGAUCACUGCCAAUCCCACCAGCACCACGGAAUUGUCCACAACUACCCAAGAAAAUGUCACCAAACUCUCAACUCAGGAUUCACACGAUCAAUCGUCUUCAAUCAAAGAAGAAGAAGAUCUAGUCGAGCUCAUCGUUCCAGUCCCUGACGAUUUAACCAUCAUGCUAGGAGAUGUCAUUAUUUUCAAAGGUCAUCCAAACAUGAUCCUUAAAUUGCAUUCCAAAACAGGAAUUUCUGAAAAUUUACCCACUGAGGAAGGUGCCGGUAUUAUUCACACCAUGUUGGGAACUGCUGAUAUGCACAUGGAGAAACAAGUUACUGUCAACAUUUCUUCGUCACAACAAGCAAGUCAUGUUCAAAUUGAAAAUCUUCCCGUGUCGACACCGAGUGCAUUGCCUAAUGCUGAGAACAGUAGCGAUGGAAAUCUCGUCGUUGAAAUUAGUGACAGCAGUGAAAUUAAUUCAUCCAAUGAUUUCAUUCAGACACACAACGUAAUGUCGCCACAUCUCGAAGUAGCUCCUCCCAUUCCAAAGGCCACACUGAAAUCUCUUCUAAGUGAAAAUCAAGGACUUUAUGAAGCCGCUCUCAGAAAAACCAUUCAUGAAGAACCAUAUUCUCAAGUAGCAAAUGCAUCGUCAUCUUCUGAGACACAUGCAGUCCAUCAUUUGGAUGUUGGAAUGAUGCAUGAGGAUCAACAGCAGCAACAACUGGAGCCACCUUCAUCAUCCAAAGAUGUCGUGGAACAUGGUACUGCUGUCUCUCACAUUGUGAACAACAGCAACCAUGGAACUUCCACAGAUACUCCUCCAAAAAAGACACACAUGACAAGUACUGAUCAAUCUUCGAGUCAAGAAAAAUCCUCUAAAAAACAACCUUUUUCAUUUGCCUGGUUGAAGAGAAGAAAAAAACCACCAGUAGAACAAGAUACUUCUGUUGAAAAGGAACCAGAAUUUUUCGAAUUGAUCAUUAGUGUGAGUAAUCCAUGUAUUGGAUUCAGUUAUGCAGAAUUUGAAAAACGUUAUGGAGUGGUCGUACUUGCAGUGCGUUAUGUGGGUUUAGAAACAAAAACAGAUGUCACGGAUUUUAAAACAUCAAACGUGAGUACUGGUGACACCUUGUUGGUCAUUGGACGAGGUGAAUUUUACUCGAAAUGGCAUGAAUCGAAAGAUUUUUAUGUCAUUUCCAGAUGUAAUGUAAAUCCAAAAGAAAGCAAGACCAACAAAUUUAUUGUCAAAAUUCCAUUCACCAAUAAGGAAUAUAAUUUAUGGUGGUGGGAACAUUUAAUUUUCCCAAUAUUUAUUGCCAUGAUUGCAUGUGCCAUUGCUGGAUAUUCCAUGUUGCAAUGUGCCAUGGUCACUUUAUGUGUGGUCAUUAUUUUAGGACUGAUACAACCCAUCAAAGCAUUGGAGAGUGUGGAAUGGCCACUCAUUGCCUUGAUUGGUUCUUCAUUUGGAAUUGGAACUGCCAUCACACAGAGUGGUAUGGGAGAAGCAUUUGCAGAAGUGGUUCGAUUGAUGAAUAUUCCAAAUAUUUUGUUACCUGCUGUGGUGGUAUUCAUUACUCUUAUCGUCACUGCUGUGAUUACAAAUAAUGCAGCAGUUGCUAUUACGUUUCCAUUGGCCAUGGCAGUUGCUAUUCGUAAUGGUCUUAAUCCUCGAUGUUUUGCCAUGUGUGUUUGUAUUGCUGCGAGUUCUGUGUUUGCCACUCCGAUUGGAUAUCAAUGUAACAUGAUGGUUUAUGGUACAGGUGGAUAUUCGUUUAUGGACUAUGUGAAAUCAGGAUUGCCUUUGACCUUUUUAUAUUUUGUGUGUAUUAGUACUUUUGUUCCAUUGAUUUGGGGAUUGGAAACGCCUAAUUUUUAA